GCGCACAACAGUCUACGUCCGGUCCUGCGUCAUGUGAUUGUUUACGGUUGCCGUGGUGACGGAGGUUCCUGCUGAGCGUGUGCAGACUUCGUUGCAGAGAACAACCCUUCCACAUACAGUGCUGCAAGCAUGGAGCCGACAACUACGGUGCUCUAUCCCGCCGAAGCUGAGGGCAUCGUGCAAAAUUUGGAAACAUUUCCACUCAAAGAUAUAGGAAACAGUAGAUGGUUCCGACAGCAUGAAUAUAUUGAGAAACUUAACAUGCAGGCCAUCCUGAAUGCAUCUGCUGGACAAGAUGAGUUUGUUAAAGAACACCUUAUUGCUUAUGGCAAGUUUCCUGUGCUAAUUCAUGGGUUGAUAUCUGUGGAGGUCUGGAAGCAGAAAGUGUUUUCCAUCCUCUGCCAUCUGCAGGACUUCAAUCCUAAAAGCACAUUUCCUCUCUAUAUGGUGAUUCACCAUGAAGCCACAGUCAUUAACCUCCUGGAGACUGUUCUGUACUAUAAGGACUCCUGUGAAUCAGCAGAGGAGUCCAUUUUGGACCUCAUCGAUUACUGUCUUCGUAAGCUCACAUGGCUAGCAGCCCAAGUUGGACAAAGUGAGCAGUCAGCUCAGUCCCGGUUAACCCAAACUGAUCAUACGGAUGCUACAACACUGCAGGAGCUUCAGAAACAGAGCAUGGCAUUGGAGUUUGACAUUUCUCUGAAGGCCCUUUCUGUUCUCCGCUAUGUCACUGAUCACAUUAACAGCCUGACCCUUAGUGCCCUCACCAGGAUGUUAAACACUCACAACCUGCCCUGCAUUUUAGUGCAGUUAGUUGAGCAUUGCCCCUGGAGUCGCAAGAACAAAGGUAAAUUAGAGAAGUAUAUGGAUGGCAGGUGGUAUGAAGUUCCAGCAGAAGAUCACCUUAAGAUGACUAAACUGGAUGGGCAAGUGUGGAUUGCUCUGUAUAAUCUACUGUUGAGGCCAGAAUGCCAGCAAAAAUAUGAUUUCAACAACUUUAACAAGACACAGCUAUUGAAGCUGAGAGGCUUCUUGACCGAGGUGCUCGUAGACCAGCUACCGAACCUUGCGGAGUUGCAACGCUUCCUCAGUCAUUUGGCUGUUACAGACCCUGCACCUCCAAAGAAGGACCUCAUCCUGGAGCAGAUCCCAGAAAUCAGAGACAAUAUAUUGAAAGAGAAUGCUGGGAAAUGGAAGGCAAUCGCUAAACACCAAGUUAAGCAAGUGUUUAACCCCUCAGAAGAAGACCUCCGAGAGCAGGCCUGCAGGUUGGCACAGACCUACAACUUGGAUGUGAUGGAGACCCUAAUACCAGAAAAACCAAAAUGUGGUUUCUGUGGCUCGGAGGCUUCCAAACGUUGUUCCCGUUGCCAGACUGAGUGGUACUGUGGAAGGGAAUGCCAGGUAAAGCACUGGCAGAAACACAAACAAGCCUGUGGACUUAUAUCUGAUGCGAUGAACAAGACUGAGGCUGGAUUGAAAGCAAAACCUUUGUAGAUAAUGUGAAGACUACAUUAAGUGUAUGGAUUUGAACAUUCACUCCAGCAGAGAAAUAAGAUGACCAAUGCAACUACGACCAGGAUAUGUUGUAUAAUUCAUCUACCUGUGCAGUGUUAAGAUGAGGGGCUGCUGGCGAAUGUGGAUCUAUAGCCGUCCCAGCCAUCCAUGAUCCUUGUGAUCAGUGACAACAAAUGAAGAUCUCGGGUUUAAUCCUGCAGGUUUCACAUUGGACAGAUCUUUUUAUUUCUUUCACAGUAUAACAGUUUCUGCAUAACUGCCAAUUACCAGCAUAUGUUUUGGAAGAGGUCUCGGAGGAGAGUCAACAAGAUCUUUAUUUUUAUUUUUAAUUCUUCUUAAAUAAGAUUUCAAGAGCCAUAGUAAAUCGAAGCUUGAUUUACAACCUGAUGAUUUAAAUAAGUCUGAGAAAAUGCUUCCCUAGUGCUGCUCUUUCACUGUCUUCAGUCAACACACAGACCUGUCGUUCAUAAUAGCGUUUAGGAGGAGAAGAUGUUGUGGCUGUGUAAUGGGUGCCCAGUCUUUGACUGCACUUUUCCAUGGCUUUGAGAUCACUGCUGUAUUCAAACAGUACAGUUGCAAUCAAUCGGAUUUCUUCAGGUUUCUGUUGUUCAUCAAAUUACACCAAAGUAAUCAUCCAUCCAUCCAUCCAUUUCCUAACCCGCUGAAUCCAAACACAGGGUCACGGGGGUCCGCUGGAGCCAAUCCCAGCCAACACAGGGCACAAGGCAGGAACCAAUCCAGGGCAGGGUGCCAACCCACCGCAGGACACACACAAACACACCCACACACCAAACACACACUAGGGCCAAUUUC